AUGGACACCAGUGUUGUCAGUCUGCCACCAGAUCUUCCCAGCUGGCCUCUAGUCAAAGAACUUCUUCAGGAUUUGCAGGGGCGACUUAUCAACGAGAACAUAUCAGACCAGGUAACUAGUGAAACAGUUUACAACACCAUUCAGUCAGAACGACCAUGGAGUGGUGCCAAGGACAGCCUCAUAAAAAGAUUCAAAUCUCAGAUUCACUCUAAUGCUCAAAAGAAGUUAGACCCCACUUGUAUUUGGUUUGGGCUGCUUAAAUAUCUGAGGAAGGUGUCCAGGGAUGAAAGAGACAAGUUUCUGUAUACUGUUUUGCCAAACAUCAUUGAGUUUGCUGUGGGAAUUGAGGACUGUCGCCCGGAGGGGUCUCUUCAGAUAAGCAGACAGCAACAUGGUGGAUCAGUAAAACUGUCCAGGCUGUUUGUUUGUUCCGUUGUGGCUUGCUACUUUUUAUGUUUGUUUCCUGAAACAAAGAGGGAGUCGUCCACUAUGAACAUCAUCAACUUUACAGCUUUCUUCAAGCAUCUGCCUCACCCUUCACAGGUAGCAAAACUGCGUUGUGUGCUGCACUACUUUGAGUGUAUGAUGGAGAGGGGCACUGGUGUUCAAGGAAACAUACUCUUCUGCAGGAAGGUGGCAUCACCUGAUUGGAUGCUGACAUUUGAUGAGCUGAGGCAGUGUGAGUUGAAGCUGUGUCCACUUCGCAUCCACACCGAGGGGGCAAUUGAAGACAGUGGCCCCGAUACAAUCCAGGUUUGUUUUGGCAACAAGUCAAUCGGAGGUGGUGUACUUGGGCGCAGUGUGGUUCAGGAAGAAAUAAUGUUCAGCACAUGCCCGGAGCUAAUGGCUGCAAUGCUGUUUACAGAAAAUAUGGAGACAAAUGAAGCCAUUCUGGUCUCUGGCUUUCAUCGGUUUUCCUCUUACUCGGGCUAUGGAGAUAAUCUGGAAUUCAAAGGACAUUAUAGCGGAUCUGAUCAAGUUCACACAAUGGUAACCAUCGAUGCAGCAUCCUAUCGAGACACACCUAUGUGUCAACAGUUUGAGGAUGCCUCAGUUCUACGGGAUCUUAAUAAAGCAUUGAUUGGCUUCAGCUGGGUUCCAGGAACUGAUGGUGGAAGACUGCAGCCAGGGAACAUCGCUGCAAAAGAUGCAUUGACAGAUGAUAAAUAUGAAGAUAUUGUAAACUCAGUAGAUGUGCUUCUUUCUUUACCUGCGUUACAGGCAGAGUUUGAAAGAAUGAGCUCAGGGCUUUCAAGUUCAUCUUUGGCUGUCAACAUUGACUCUCAGAGUGCAUCUGCUAAUUCUGCCGAAGAAGAAAGCAACAGACAACCAAACACAGAAUCUUCAAGAAGGGAGUCCAGAGACUUCUACGGAGAACUCAGGGAUUUCCUCAGCUCCUCAAGUUCAGGAUCCAGAAGUUCUGGGUCAGCUGGCCCUCAUUCCAGCACCGCUUCCUCUUCAGGGUCAAGGUCAGGGUCUCUGUCCUCUCAUGGCACAAAUGGCUCAACUAUUGACUUUCCAGAAUUCUGGAGUAACUUCCGACGUCGAAGCUCUCAGAUAAGUGACACCACAUCACGAAGAUCAAGCUCCAGCAAACACAGUUCGGACUUCAGCACUGACCUUGAGAGCGCAAUACAAGCUAGAAGUAAAAACUUGUCUACACAAAAACUCAGUACUGCAGUAGUCAAAGAGAAACAAAAAGAUCUUAAAAGAGACAGGACACCAAAAGAAAGCAGUUCAUCUCACAGCAGACUCAGCACAAACAAACCAAUGCUGAAGUCCCACAAAAGUAGGUAUGUGUUUUCUGAUGUUGCUGCACCACCUGCUGACACAAGGAGAUCAAGAACAGCCCCAGAAUCCUCUACAAAGAAGCAGAGUGGCAAAAAAGAGGCGAAAAAACAUGACGAGAAAAGAAGGAAACAACGAGCCGAUUCAACCAAACAUGAUCCUUUAAAGUAUACUAGGUCGCAGAAGUUUAUUCGUUUUGUUAAUUCUCUCGCUGAAAUUUCUGUAAGCCGGGGAGUUCUUGAAGGGGCAGAGAUCUUGGUUCAGAGGUCUGCAGGUCCCAGAAACAUGUCUGAUGAACUGUACAACUGGUUUGCUACUAAGAUAGUUGCAGAAGUGUUUCUGCAUGUCCUCAGGGAAGUUGACGGGCAGCAAAAUAGUCAAAAUGCUGCCCUUUCACAGCCUCAGCAGAAUAGUACAUUCCCUGGUGAAGCUGGGUGUGAACUUAGUAGGGAAGAUUACAGUGCUAGCAGAUUAGAUGUAAGCAGGGAUGAAGCAGUUGUACCAAAACCUAAAAGCAUACUGCCAGUAAAAUCAGAUGCCCAGGCGCCCGAGUCAAAAGUGUCAGGUCAGAUGAGAAUGUAUGGAUCUUUAAAAAUGGUCAAGUUUAAAGAUAAUCAAGCACAAGACGACAGCUCAUUAUCUUUCCCACAAGCUCAGGUUACCUCCUCCACCAAAACCAAUGCCAGUCCGACAUUCCACAGACACAGCAGCAAUAUCCCUGUACCCAGCAGACGUAGAAGUAGCGUAGACCUUCCGUUGUCAUCAUCAUCAUCUCCGCCUGGAGCUAGCGGUCUGACCUCUUCAAAGCUACAGCUGAAGUCAGCAUCACCACAGCAGAAACAGGCCAGCAUGUCCAGUAAUGGCAGUUUGACCAGCAGAGACUUGUCCAUAGAUGUCUAUCAGACGGCAGCGGCCAUUGUGAGUCAAGUGUUUCAGGCAGUCUCCGACAGCUUGGAGGCCCAGCCACUGAGUCCGGUCUCCUCUGGCCGCCAUGGCACACUGUCCUCCUCAGAUACAGCCAUUCAUUCUACAGGUCUGUUAUUAAUCAACAGCACUUAUGAUAGCAUUGCCUCCAACAUAUUUUCAAGCUCGUCACCUAAAGCCUCUGAAAGUCCCCGACGUACUCGCCGUUCUGUGUCUCCCAGCAUUGGCGGCAUCUUUUCUAGGAAACCCAUGAGCCGCGAAACGCUGACAAACGCUUUCCUCAAAGUGGACAGUAGACCGAGCUUUAAGACAUAUGAGCGUCGCAGCAGCGAGCCAUGCCAGACAAGUGUCCUACUGUCUCUGCAAGCUUUCAACAGUAUUAAAUUCAGCAAACAGGCAGUUGAGGACAAGCAGAGGAAAAUUUCUCGAACUGAUGAUGAUAUAGGGCGUCCGAGGACCUGGCGGCGAGGCUCAUUGGAUGGGUUCUCAUUUGAACGGAGAAAUUCUUGUGGGUUUAAAGAUCCAGUGCUGUCUAGAUUUGCAGAAGAACUCAUGAAAGCGGACACGUCAGUUCCUGAGUUGGUCAUCGUGGGCUCUAGUUCAAGUUCUUCUACAAGUGGUAAAUAUUUUUAUUGUGUUUACCCUGAUGAAUAUACACUGAUACCUUGUUCUAACAGGUAUCUACAGAUAAACGGAUGGGAACAUCUACCCAGUACUAAUAAUCAUCCACGCUUAAUGAAAUGGG